GUGGUCCUAUGACAUCCUGGACCAGCUGGAUCCGGCUCACCGCAGGAUGUUCCCAGCCAUCCUCACUUACCGGUUCUCUUGUGAAAUGCAUGUGGCAAAGUUGAUGAGGGAGCGCUCUAUCGGCAACAGCGUCUCUAUGCUGUAUCACAAGCUAUGUGAACAGCAUAGUGAGGAAUGGAUGGAGAGGUCCCUGCAAUACCUCUCUGUGUGUGACCGGUUCCAGGGUAUCACCACACAGCCCAUCUCACCUCUACCACCCAAGCCGCCUGUACCAACCGCCAAGUGGCUCCUCUCUGUCCACGCAGAUGAUAUCCCGGUAUCCCGGUCCCGGUAUGGUGAGCUCAAAGCCAGGGUCACCUCUGUCUUUGGGUCCAUCCUGAAGAUGGACUCCACAAAAAAGGUGGCCAAAAAACUGGCGGGAGCUGCAGCUGGGACCGCAGCCUGGGUCACCAAUGUGGGAAAUGAGCACGGACAGGUCCUCAUGUCUGUGCUCACCUCACAUGAGGGUCAGGGACUGCUGCCCAUGACCACAGGCCCGGUGAAAAGGUACGAGGCGGCUGGAGUCGCUCCCCCUACACUCCUUUAUGUGGACAGAUACUGCUGCUCUUCUGUGGGCACCUCCAGAGCAGGUGCCAUGUUCAGCGGCUGGAGUGACGUGGUGGUACGUCUUGAUGUGUGGCACUUCAUGCGGCGCUUUGCCGGAGGUCUGCACACUGACAGCCACCCGCUCUACGGUCUGUUCAUGGCGAAGCUCUCCGCCUGGAUUUUUGUCUGGGACGAGGGAGAUGUAGCUCUGCUGAGGGAGGCAAAAAUGCGGAAGCUGGAGCAACAGCAGGGCAUCAGAGGCCUCACUGAUGACCACCUGACCAGCAGGCUCACCUCCAGUCGACGCUGCACACAUGGCGUGGAGGAGACAGAGCAGCUGAUCGUUGAGUUGCUGGAGGCCUUCAAGGACGCCAGGGAAACCAUGGGUAUCCCCUUGGUGGACCAGGAGAGGAUGGACGUCAUCUGGGACACCCAAAGACACCAUCUUCCCUGCAUCCAGGACUCCCCUGGUGUGCAGCUGUACACCCAGACAGGAAGAACAAGCGCUAACCUGGAAAAUGUCCAGGCUUAUCUGCUUGAGGGUUUGGAGUGGUGGAACGAGGACCGCGCUGCUGCUGCUACCAUCACGGAUGAGGCCCCGUCAUCCCUGCGCUACUACAGUGCCUCGCUCCAGCACAGCCUCAAUGAACUCAGUCAGCGUCUUCUUGGCUGUAGUCUUGUACAAGACUAUUCAAAGCCAGGACAGUACCCGGGCAAGCUCAUCGGGGUGGAGUACCUGUGCUCGCAGCAGUCCUGGGAGUUCAGGGAGAACUUUGGGCGGGACCCAGAUGCCCCAGACAGAAUCCCAGACGACUUGGGGGAGGCAGAAGAUGAGGGAUUUGGGGAUGAGGCAGAGGAGCAGGACCACACCAUCUCCCCUCUUUCCUUAGUGUCCACCCAGGAAGCUGUACGCUUGUCUCGAGAUUCAGCGUCUCCCUCUCAGUCCUCCCAGGACCUGCCACCUGAGCCCCAAAAAGAUGUGUGCAGAGGACCAGACGGGACACCAGGUUUUGACAGAGUGGUGGAGCUGGCCAGGUACCUCGUUGAGCUAAGAGAAAAGCCUUGUGUCUCAGAUAGGGAAGCCACUGACAUUGUUCGGCUGUGGGACAGACUGCCGGACAAUAAAAAAAAAGGUGUUUCCUAUCCGCCGAGACACAAUGAGAGACUCUUACAAGGCAGGUUCAAGGCCACCCACUCCAAAACCUCCACCUGCCAUGGAAAGGAGAGCCUGAAGCGGUGUGUGCUGGGGCAGGGGUCGGUUCCUGCCCAAUGGCCCAAUAUUUGUAGAAUUGUAGAGGCAGUAUGUCUGGAGCUCUGCUCCAUUCAUCCAUCGGGGAAGGUGAAGUGGGGGCGUUUCAUUGAACCGCUGGGCUGCCGUUCUACAUGACUACCAGGUCAUACUGAGGCUGGUGGGGAACUGCCCAGCACUGAGGGGACGGGCAAGGAUUCAGCUGUUUGAGGUCAAUCAGUGGACGCCUUCUGUCUGGUACAACAACUACAGGAAGAAGCUGGAAGCAGACGUGCUAGCUCUGAGUGUGCCCUUACCUCAGAUCAGCAUGGUGUCUCACACC